AUGGGUGGGACAGUGCUGCCGCCGUUUGACCUAGAUCCCCCACCCAGGCUGCCGCUCGAGAUGGAGGAGCUAUUCCCUGCAGGUACCGAGGAUAUAGACUUUGCCUCGGUUCGACGGGAGGCGAAGGAGGUAACCCUGGCCAUGCAUCGCCAGGAAGUGCCUCUUGUCAACGCCUUCCUGACUGGGGUAAAGAUUGAUGCGGGGGAGCUCGCUCGACCAAGGCCACAGACUUCUCCGAUCGGGUUCAGAAGACGGUGCUCUCUACCGCCAAUGGCAGAGAGAGAGGUGGACUUGGCUAGACGCCAUUCCGAGACAGCCAAGGCUGCUACCGCCGAGGCUCAGGCUGCCAUCCGAGAGAGGAAUGUGCUACAGCUGAAGGUGGGGAGGUUGGAGCGGGAGCUGAAGGAGACGACCCGGCGGCUGGAGGCGGUGGAGGAGGCUAGGCUCGAGUCUGAGAGGAGGAGGACCAAGGAGCUGAGCAUGGCUCGUGCCGAGGCUGUGGAGGAGUAUCAGGGCUCAGACAGGUUCAAGAGCCUUGUGCUGGACACGAUGGUCGAGGAGCAGUAUGGGUGGGAGAAACUAGUUGCGAGGUUUAAUCCAAGGUUGGAUAUAAACUUCGACACUAGUGGUGUUCCCCCUCCCAUUCCAUCCGGUCGGGAGUCACUGUUUGUGGCCACACCGUCUGCCGAGGCCACGAGUCCUUCGGAGGCUGAGACGCGGGGAGGUGCCGAUGCUAGCGGAGGGGAGUCGACCGUGGAUCCUGACACAGCUGCCGAAGAGGAGGCGGACGACCAUGCUGAUGCCUGA